GUGAUUGGUGGAUAAAAAUCCCCUAAUCAGUGUGUAUGAGAUAAAUGUAUCCUUUUGAACGAGAAAUGGGUGACUUAAAGGGAAAAGUCAUGAAUCCGGCCAAACCUGAAGCUAGUAUUGUACAACGAACAGUUGCUGAGGAAGUGGCAGCAUGGGUUGCUCAAUAUCUUGCAAGUUCACAGAAAAUUGGGUUGCCAAAGUCUCGACACGAUGGGAGGCUUGGAGGUCAAGGUACUAUUGGCAGGAAAAGGAUAUCCAUGAGCUUUGAAAUGAAAAAUAAGGCCGAGCUUUUUGUGUUGCAAAAUCUUAGUGAGGUUCAUCCUUACUUGGCCAAGCACAUGCUUUUUCUUAAAAAUAGAUUUGCUUUACUAUUGAUUAGGAAUUCAUAUCAAAUAAGAACGAUGAUAAUAACAAAGAGGCCAAAGAAAACAUGCAAGACAAACUGAAAGUAGUUGAAAGUGGUCACGAAACAAAAGAGUCCAACACCAAUCCAAAAAAAGUUUUUCUUAUGGAUUAUGCUUUGGAAAACUUGUCUCAGAAGUGUGGGUCUUUGAAUAGUUUGUUAUCUUCAUUACCCGAAGGUGAAACUAUUAAGGUAAAGGUUGAUGCUUGGACCUUUAGUUAUGAAGAUAAUAAGGACAUCAUUAUCAAACGUGAAGAUGUCAAUAAACUUCUCACAGGAGCUUGGCUGAAUAUUUCAGUUUUGCAAGUUUUUAUGAUGGCCUUGAGUGACUUACUCGAUACGGUGGAUGUGGCUUCCAUUGGAUUCAUGGUCCGGAAAUGAUUUCAGAAACCUAUUGCAUAGUGGUGCAGAUCGUAUCCUACUAUACAUGACACAUGUGAUGGAAAAACAAAAAUCUAAGCAGUUCAUCUUAUGCCCAUACCAUGAAAAGAAUCAUUGGGUUCUUUUGGUCUUAUGCAUGGCUAAGCGUGAAGUCAUCAACUUUGAUUCUUUGAGGCAGAAGCGAAAUUUAGCAAUUAAGUUUGCAAUGACAAAUGCUUUUCGAAGUUUCAAGGCAUUAAGUGGACAAUCUAGGGGAAGUAAAUUGACAUGGCAUUUGGGACAGUGUCCUCAACAAUUGGGUGGAUGUGAGUGUGGCUACUACGUCAUGCGUCAUAUGUACGAAAUACUUGAACAUCACCAUAGCAGUGAGGAUCUUAUUCAGGAUUUUUCAAGAACUACCGUACACUGAGGAGGAGAUAAAUGAGAUUCGAGAUAUUUGGGCAGAGUAUUUUAUAUGUAAUGUUGAACUUUACACUUAGCGCAUGUUGGACUCUUGUUUUGGAUUAUAGGCUUGACAUGAAUGAUUUUGGUUAAUUGGUAUUGGGAUGAUGAGUAUAAUGUCUAUGAUAUUGAGAUGUAAAUUAUUGGACAGGUUGUUAAUAUAAUGCCGUCAUUCUCAAUUUUAUGGGUAGGCCAAAUUACAAAGGAGACUCUGUCGAAAUUUACAUUUGCAUUAUUCAAUAAUAUUGCAUUUUAAUUUCAA